GCCACUAAAUUGGGCGCUGAGAAGGUUUUAACUGUUUUCGCACGCCACGAAUUACAAGCUUCACCCUUGAUUUAUGGAUAAUCUAAUGAUAACGAAAAUCUCGACGAGAAACUGAUCCUUUGUAUCUCCGAGGACCAGAAGACUUUGAAGACCGCUACAUCUCUUAAGAAAUUUUUGCCAAAGCUGUCAGAAUUGUUUAUUUAUGCGCCUUGGUUGUAAAUGGAUCUGCUUUCCUGAUCUCAAUUUUACAUCCUUGUUGACGGUGGGGGAACAUCCUGACGUUGUGACGUAGUUUACCCAUCUGCUGAAGCAGUAACAGAAAAUCGUAGCGAAAAAUCGUAGCGAACUGAAGGUACUAAAACAGUCAGAGAUUCCAUUCUUUGCCUGUUAUUGUUUUGAGACAAGGCUUCUUUACGGUGGCUUGAAAAUCUAAGGAGAGAUUGACAUAAAAACUUCGAUCGAAGUAGAAAAAUCAUGGCGGCAUAUUGGCGAGUUCUAGCGUUCAUCAUUUUGGUGUCCUUUAACGCUCGCGGAGCACAGCAAGACAAAGUUGUCGACUUUUCACAUCACGACUACGGUGAGAUGACUGAUAUUCUGAACCAGUUCGCGGAAAAGUACCCAACCAUAACACGGCUGUAUUCUCUAGGUGAAUCAGUCGAGAAGAGAAAUUUGUGGGUAUUGGAAAUCUCGGACAAUCCAGGAAGCCAUGAGCCAGGGGAACCAGAGUUCAAGUACAUAGGCAACAUGCAUGGCAAUGAAGUGGUGAGUCGAGAAAUACUUCUACACUUUAUUGAGAAGUUGCUGGAGAAUUACAACAAGGAUGAUGAAAUAACACGGCUUGUUGAUUCAACAAGGAUCCACAUUAUGCCAUCCAUGAACCCUGAUGGCUACGAGAUAGCCAAAAACAGCAAACGUGAUGAAAAGGACAGGUGCACUGGUCUGCAUGGAAGGGCAAAUGCUGAUGGCGUUGAUUUGAAUCGGAAUUUUCCAGACCAAUUUUCUCCUGACAAAAUUGCAGAUGAAAGCAAGCUAGCAAAAGAAACCCAACUUGUCAAGGAGUGGAUUGAUAAGAAUCCCUUUGUUCUGUCAGCCAACAUUCAUGGCGGCUCAUUAGUGGCUAAUUACCCCUAUGAUGAUAGAUCAGACAAACGUAGCGAGUACAGUGCCUCUCCAGAUGAUGAUGUUUUCCGCAACUUGGCAUUCACAUAUUCUUCAAACCAUCGCAAAAUGCUUUCAACGGCUUGUGAAGGAGAUCAUUUCAAAGAUGGUAUCACUAAUGGUGCAGCAUGGUACUCCGUCGCUGGUGGAAUGCAGGACUACAACUAUGUCAAUACCAACUGCUUUGAAUUAACUCUUGAGGUCAGCUGCUGUAAGUUCCCCGAUGAAAGUACACUUCCGGAAUUUUGGAAAGAUAAUGAGAAAUCUUUGCUUGAAUUUCUGAAGCUUGUUCAUACUGGCAUUACUGGCUUUGUAAAAGACCAGCAUGGAGAAGGAAUUGAAGGAGCUAAGAUAAAGGUUGACAACCGAAAUCAUCCUGUGACAAGUGCCAGGGAUGGAGACUAUUGGCGUUUGCUCCUACCCGGUUCAUACGAAGUCGAAGUUUCAAAGAAAGGCUAUUUCCCUGUAAAGAGGACCAUCGAAGUGACCCGAGGACCAGCAACAAGACAAGAAUUCACCCUUGCACAAAAGGGCCAGAGUCAUGAUGAAGCUGGUACUGAGUUACAAGAAGUUAAAACAGAUGACGACAAAAGGCCGGUCCCAGUUUCACUGGUCAUUGGUCUGACGAUUGUUUGCCUUGUUUCACUGAUGUUGGCACUGGCUCUCGCCAUCAUGCUUGCCAAGAAAUAUAGAGGCAGUGAAAGUUCGCAAGGAGAAUAUUCUCAAGUGCAUACUGAUCCAUGCGACUGCACCUCCAAGUUCAGGUUAAUGGUAUUGGUAAUUAAAUUGAUAUAUACAACUGUAUGCUUGACUCAUGGACUCAGUACUCAUGUCCAUUUUCUCGCCAGGAAUUUUCCAGACCAAUUUUCUCCUGACAAAAUUGCAGAUGAAAGCAAGCUAGCAAAAGAAACCCAACUUGUCAAGGAGUGGAUUGAUAAGAAUCCCUUUGUUCUGUCAGCCAACAUUCAUGGCGGCUCAUUAGUGGCUAAUUACCCCUAUGAUGAUAGAUCAGACAAACGUAGCGAGUACAGUGCCUCUCCAGAUGAUGAUGUUUUCCGCAACUUGGCAUUCACAUAUUCUUCAAACCAUCGCAAAAUGCUUUCAACGGCUUGUGAAGGAGAUCAUUUCAAAGAUGGUAUCACUAAUGGUGCAGCAUGGUACUCCGUCGCUGGUGGAAUGCAGGACUACAACUAUGUCAAUACCAACUGCUUUGAAUUAACUCUUGAGGUCAGCUGCUGUAAGUUCCCCGAUGAAAGUACACUUCCGGAAUUUUGGAAAGAUAAUGAGAAAUCUUUGCUUGAAUUUCUGAAGCUUGUUCAUACUGGCAUUACUGGCUUUGUAAAAGACCAGCAUGGAGAAGGAAUUGAAGGAGCUAAGAUAAAGGUUGACAACCGAAAUCAUCCUGUGACAAGUGCCAGGGAUGGAGACUAUUGGCGUUUGCUCCUACCCGGUUCAUACGAAGUCGAAGUUUCAAAGAAAGGCUAUUUCCCUGUAAAGAGGACCAUCGAAGUGACCCGAGGACCAGCAACAAGACAAGAAUUCACCCUUGCACAAAAGGGCCAGAGUCAUGAUGAAGCUGGUACUGAGUUACAAGAAGUUAAAACAGAUGACGACAAAAGGCCGGUCCCAGUUUCACUGGUCAUUGGUCUGACGAUUGUUUGCCUUGUUUCACUGAUGUUGGCACUGGCUCUCGCCAUCAUGCUUGCCAAGAAAUAUAGAGGCAGUGAAAGUUCGCAAGGAGAAUAUUCUAAAGUGCAUACUGAUCCAUAAAGAACCGUAAAACACAAAAGCCAGGAAUUCAAAGGUACUAACUAUAUCAUUCACUCUACUUUCACCUUUCCUUUACGUACUUAGUCCUCUUUAUCCUGGGUGGGAAAUAAGGCAUCAAUGAUCUGCUUUUAAUGGGACUGGUCCUUCACAGCAUGUAGUCCCUCACCCCAUGUCAAGCCCAUCCCUUUAAAGAAGCUACGUCAUGUUUUUCGCAUCUUGAAAAGUUAAGCCAACUUGUAAAUUUUUCAAAUUUGUCUUUUGUAAUCCAUGACAAUCCUUUCAAUCCUUAACCAUCCUGGUACCUUUAUGCUUUAUUAUUAUCUUUAUUAUUAUCUAAACUACUAUUGCCAGGUUUUCCUCAAUUAAAAAGAUAUUUUGUACAUGGUCAGAAUGCCGUGACUGAGCUCCUUUAAGCUCAGCCAACACAGUUCACCUUUCUUUUAGAUACAUUGUACGUAUCUCUCAAACAAUACAAGCCACGACUGGUGAAUUGUAUUGGCUACACUCUACAGUGUAUUGACUUGAAAAAACAAUGAUAAACAUCUGGUAACCUCACUUUCUCAGUUCAUAUAUUGUAAAAUGUGAAUCCCCAUGUGAAUUUCCCAUAGAUUUAUGGACCAUGCAUGUCACUCUUGGGUCAUAAAAUAAUUAACUGGCAUAAAAUAAUUGACAUUUUUCUUUUUUUUAGCACCUUUGAAUUUCUGGCUGCUUAUUUAUUAACCAAGAAAAUAGUUUGAAAUGGCAAAUGUCUCUCAGAGACAUCCCAAGCUUGAAAAUAACAGGGCAUUAAUUUUGUGGAAUUAAUUUCCACACUUGACUGUUUACUUGAUAAUGGCAUAAAAACACAGAAGUUGACUUUCUUUCAGUGUAAGUUGACUUGAAUCUUGGUAUUUCACCAGAUUUGUCAAAAUAUUUCUUCUAACUUGUGUUGUGCCUAGCUAAAUAUACUAGUGAGUGUUUUUAACACCAAGCAGCUGUUAAAUUUUUAUCUCAGGGUAAGGGAAGUGCUGGCUUUACAGAGGGAGUCACUAUAGGAUAUUUCUUUUUCACACUCAAACUAUUUUCCUUGUUAAUAAACAGUAAAUACAUGUAGGUAUAAGGUCAGGAUGAAUAAAAAAAUUAAGCUCUUCGAUUUUAAGUUUUCAAACAGAAUAAUGACAUUUUCAUCAGUAUCCAUCGUUAUUCAUUAGUGGUAGGAGAGUGUGUACUAGUCACAGCUUCGUGCAUGUUGCAAACUCACACCUGUGUGGUCAGUUUUGAAUGUGAAGACCAGAAAAUAUCCAUACUCCCCCAUGGGAGGGACUGGAAUUUCGUAGCAGUGGGAAUUCCAUAAGACCAACAAAUUAAAACAAAUGUAUGAAGCUUGAUUGGAAUUUCCAGAGGGGUGAAGAGGGGUCUUCGAAAAAAAUCCCUUCCAUGGGGGAGGUAUGGAUAUUUUCUGGAACUACACAAUGGAACUUUGUGCACCUCCAGAGACACAGACAGAUCUUUGUGCAGUUGUGUUCAUAGUGGCGGAUCCGGGAUUUUUCUUAGGAGGGGAUGCACCACUAAGGAAUGGCGUAACUGACUGUCCAAUACCAGUUAUAUUAGAAACCCGUAUGUUUAUCUCAGGAGAGGUGCACACCCCCUACACCCUCCCCCUAGAUCUGCCCCUGCAUUAUCACUGUGGAAAUAUCUGGGUCUCAAACAUAAUAAUAAUAAUGAUAAUGAACUGAAAUAAGAUAAAAUAACAAUUAAAACAUCUUUUGUUAUGGGGAUGAUUUUACUAUUCAAAGGUAGAAAGCUGGUGAAGUUUGCUGAUUUUAUUUGAAAUUAUAGAACUCCCAUUUUGGCCUAAAAGGCAAUGAUAAUUUGUAAAAUAUCAUUUUAACGGUGCUUCAGUACCAUUAUUUAUUUUUGUUAUCACCAAGAGAUGCGUUUUGUGGUUACUAGACAUGGUUAAGGCUAUGUUUAUUUUAUUGCUUAUUUUAUUAUAGUGCAUUUAUAGUCAUCUGUUGCUGUGUUUACGUUAAACGUUGCAAUAUUUGCCGUCUCUACAUGUACAAGGGAGAGAUAACUCUCAGACCAAGGGUUUAAGUAUGAUUUUUGCAGACCUUGAUCACUCUAUGUCACAACAAUGUCGGCCAUGCAUGUAAAACCUGUGCACACACUGGUCUAUGACUGCAAGACAAGAGAGUUCUCAGAACAAAGGUGCUUGUACAGUUGGACUCUGCUAAUUGGAACUCUGUUAUUUCAAGUUUCAAAUUUCAAACUCAAAAUUAUUUCCCUUGGAUUUACCCUUCAGUCAGUUACUAUCGGGUAUUUCAACACUCCUGCUCUUUGAACUAUUCCUUAUUUUCCUUGGGUGUUCAAAAUAGUGGAGUUCAACUGUACAUGUAUACUUAACAAGAGUGCAUGAGAUUUUUUAUUAUUACUACAAUGAAGACACUGGUUAUGUAGUAUAUUCUCUUGCUUGCAUCUAUUUGUCGUUGCCCUUCAACUUUGGAUAGACUUUAACUGAAUUUGUUACUUGCAUGAUUGGGUUUUUUUUGUUUGUUUGUUUUUUGUUUUUGUUUUUGUUUUGUUUUGUUUUUUUGUUUUUUUUUUUGCUUUUUUGCUUUUUUGGCUAAAGAGGAAUGAAAAAAAUCUCUCCCUUGUACAAUCUGACUUUGGUAGUCUAGUAAUUGUUGGUUAAUGGGGAAAACUAUAGUGGAGAUGGGGAUAGAGAACCUAAAUAAAAUAUACACAGAGUGAAAUGUUGCUUUA